AUGCCGACAUUUCCAACCCGCCCUGAGGUAAGGUAUUCCAACCUCACGAGAGGACCUGGGACGAACGAAUCACUUGCGGAGUGGAAAACCAGGCUGCGGACGAGGUUGGCCGAGCAGGAACGGGCCGAGCAGGAACUGGCCGAGCCGGAACGGGCCGAGCAGGAACGGGCCGAGCCGGAACGGGCCGAGCAGGAACGGGCCGAGCAGGAACGGGCCGAGCAGGAACGGGCCGAGCAGGAACGGGCCGAGCAGGAACGGGCCGAGCAGGAACGGGCCGAGCAGGAACGGGCCGAGCAGGAACGGGCCGAGCAGGAACGGGCCGAGCAGGAACGGGCCGAGCAGGAACGGGCCGAGCAGGAACGGGCCGAGCAGGAACGGGCCGAGCAGGAACGGGCCGAGCAGGAACGGGCCGAGCAGGAACGGGCCGAGCAGGAACGGGCCGAGCAGGAACGGGCCGAGCAGGAACGGGCCGAGCAGGAACGGGCCGAGCAGGAACGGGCCGAGCAGGAACGGGCCGAGCAGGAACGGGCCGAGCAGGAACGGGCCGAGCAGGAACGGGCCGAGCAGGAACGGGCCGAGCGGGAACGGGCCGAACAGGAACUUGAAAGGCAAUCUGGGGACGUUGGUCGUUGGCUGCACCAAGAUCUCGGCUUCGACGGUAGAAGUUCGGCGGUCUUCGGCGCCAGUAUCCGCGCUUGCCAUCUUGAUAAUCCCAAGGCAAUCUUCGCGAUAGACAAGGAAACCCUGGAGGGCGUACUUGGAAAGGUGGAGAUGCCUGAUGUGCUGGCUUCUCUUGUCAUGGAAGCAUGGCGCAGGAGGCGCAAGGAGGACGAAGACCGUCGCCGCGUCGAAGCGGAAACAGCACUCAUCGAAGCACGGCAGCGCGCUGAAUCCGCGGCAGAGGAACGGCGCCGCCAGUCCGCGGCAGAGGAACGGCGCCGCCAGGAGGAGCGCAAGACCAAGGAACUUGAGGAGGCGGAGGCAUUGGCGCGGAAGAACGACGCUGCUGCGAAAGCGGAGACCGAGCGGCGACGGUUGGAAGAAGCUGCGCUCGAAAAAGCAGCUCUUCAACAGCAGCAAGCUCUGCACACUCCAAUGGGCCGUUGGCUCAAAAUGGAAGCGCACUUCAACGAUGCCCAAGCGUCCCGUUUCUGCUCCGGCCUCGAGGGACUGGGAAUCAGCAGCACCCAUGCUCUCAAAGUUCAAGAGAGGGAAGCGCAGCAGCAAUUGGUUGUCGACCUGAACAUGAACAAGUACGAGGCUGGAAUUUUCAUGGCAGUCAUGCAGACCCUCCGCUCGAAGCCAGAUGUCUUCGGUGUUACUUCAUCCACGGCGAAUGCCGGCACCGGGUUCGUGAACCUCAUGCAGCUGCGUGACCAGGGUGGAAUGGCAACUGUUUUCACAGCCAACCAGCUCAUCGGUGGGCCGGAAUCAACGGCAACGAGACCUGUGGUUCUUAAGCGUUCCGACAAGGACCAACCCGGGGCCUACCUCCGAGAGAGCCGCGUCCUUCAAUAUCUCAGUAGACCGGGGGGAGCAGCGGCAGGGUUUGUGGUCCAACUACUGGAGGCCUACAGCACGCCUGAGUACAACUUCAUCGCCAUGGAAGAAGGGGGUCAGAACCUCACGGCGCGGGUGGAGGAAUCGAAAAGACUACCGCCUUCUGAGCGGAACACUCAUCUUGCGUUGUGGGGACAACAAGCCUGUCAGGUGGUGGUGGCUCUGCACAGCCUUGGGAUCGUGUGGGGCGAUGUCAAGCCGGACAACUACGUGUUCCGUGGGGACCGUCUGGUUGCCGUGGACUUCGGUCGCUGA